GUCACUUAUUUCUAUAAUGAUCUGUGUCUGUGGUUAUUGUCUUGUUUACAAAAGUAUUAUAAUUCUUAUUUGAUUCAAUUUUUUGUCUUAAUUUAGUUAAGAUUAAACUCUAAUUAUGGCGGAGAAUUUAGAAUAUUACCGGACACAAAUAGUUGCAGCUAGAACCGAAAUAAAAAACUUAAGGCAGCGGCUGAGUGCGUUGAAACACGAGCAUAUUAAAGAAAUCAAGAAUAUCAAAGAAACUCUCAAUGGACUUCGUUGCACUAAAUGUGCUACAACAGCCACAACAAUAGUCAACAAUCACAGUGAAGGCCAACCAUCAACAUCAGACUGUAUCAAUACCAUACCAUUCACUCCUAUUGGCUAUAUUGAAACACCAUUUGAAAAUAAGCGUGCUGUACCAAGACAGCCAUCGGUAUUGUCCAAUGCAAAAGGUGUGAUUAACAUUGAUACAAAUGUUUUUACCAAUCCGGAGCAUGCUAUCAGUGGUUUGGAGGAAUUUUCUCAUAUAUGGAUAAUAUUCCAUUUCCAUGAGACAGGCAGUACAAAUGUACCAGCUAAGGUUGCUCCGCCCCGACUGGGUGGCGAAAGGCGCGGAGUGUUGUCCACGAGGUCACCACAUCGGCCCUGCCCUAUUGGCUUAUCUCUUGUCAAAAUAUCUAAUAUUGAAGGUAACAAGAUACACUUUGAAGGUAUUGAUAUGGUGAAUGGUACGCCAGUGCUUGAUAUUAAACCGUACAUACCUCAGUAUGACUGCCCCACGCAACAUAAUAUACAACUACCCUACAAUCAAGUAACAGAACGACCGGCGACAGAGGGCGUUAGUGAUUCAGUUGAUAAUUCAGCUACAAUACAAUCUGUGGAAGAAAACUUUGAUCAUAUGAGUUUAAAUUCACAUCUAUCAAAUCCACUUGGCAUAGACGCAGAAAGUAAUGAACAUUCUCCUUACGAUGAUGAAUUGUCUCCGGACAGCAAUCUUAUAGCAACCAUGUCACCAUCCCCGGAUUCACAAUCAAGUGAUAUGUUAGAUGGAAACUUCCAGAAGUCACCGUUAAGAAGACCAGAUGAAAGAGGUGCUCCGGAUGGUCAAGAAAGAUUUACACCACCUCAAUAUGGUGUAAGAGUUGCCUCUUGGAUUUCUAACCCGACAACACAGACAUAUGAAGUUAAGUUCACUGAUGAUGCACUGGAUAGACUUAAUGAUUUGAUCGGUGAACGGGCACAGUCUUUUAAGAGCAAUAUUGAAUGUCUUCUAUCAGAAGACCCAAGGUCUCUCUAUGUAAGAAGUAGAUAUCCAGAUCAUGAAUAUAGCUGUGUGUUAGAAGAUUUAUCUAUAAGUUGUAUAUUUGAUUCAUUGUCAACUACAUGUACCAUAAUAGCGGUGAGAAGUGCUGAUGAUAUGCAACAGACUUAACUGUUUUUGUGUUGUGUGUGUAUCAUUAUUUAUUGACUUGAUAAUGUGUUCCCGCUGCUUGUUUGCCCCAUUCUGUUAUUUAAAAAAAUGUGUAAUUACUUAUUAUAAUUUUUAAUUUUUUUUA